AUGCGCGAAUCAAGAAAAAGCAACAAUUUAUCGACGCAACUCUUGUUGUCUGAUAAAAAAUUCGAUGCUCUCCAACAAGUCGUCGAUCAAGAAUAUCACAAACUCUUUCGUCAAACGCAGAAAUCUGCGAAGAAAACAGUUCGACAUAUUCUUCAACACGUUGCUCGAUACCCUCCACCACGCUUACUAACAACACCUAUUCCAAAAACCAUCCAAGAACUCGAUGAUAAUGACGACGAUUCUUACAUUGAAACCAGAUCGAUUACAAUAACCAAUGGUGCAAAUCUAAAGCCACAAAAAUAUUCAACUGCUGUUAUUGUUCUACCAGCUGUAUCAGCAGUUCGAGAGUUGAUUGCUUAUGUUCCAACGAUGAAAAAUCUUGCUAUGCGUGGUAUUUUAACUGGUAUACCAUAUUUAGGAGAUAAAUUCGAUGAUGAAGAUCAGAAACUAAUCAAUUCAAUAUCUGGUGAAUCAAAAGGUCAAACGAAGAUGCCCGUACGCAAAAACAAAUUAGAUGGACAAUCUCUUGAAUUAUUAUAUCACAUAAUACGAUCGAGUCAAACGUGCGAGCUGUAUACCAAUGAGCAAAUCAUCGAUGCCAUACUUCAUUAUCAUCGAGAUUCGUCAUCAAAACCAAAAUUACUUGCAAUCGCUAGUCAAAAUGAAUGUUCGACAAACAGUCAUCCUCUACACAGUGUAAAUAUUGAUACAUCAGAUACAAUAGAUAUCGACAUCGAUGAUCUAUGUAUUAAACCAUGGUGUUCAAAAUUUUGUACACGCUGCUAUACGUACAAUUGUUUACUACAUAAAGACAACUCAUCUUAUCUUCCACUGCCUCAAAAAUUUUCUCUCACUAUCGAUACUCAGUCAUCUCCAUGCUGCCCUACGUGUUAUAAACAUCAACGCGAACAAGUUAAACGAUCGUUAUCACCAUCCUAUACCAACGAUGAACACAAUCCAAUCGAAACAUGUCUGCCAACAGCGACUGGCAAUGUGAGAAAACGUCCUCGAAAGUCGAUCCCAGUUCGUCGAAUUCUAUCGUCGAACCAACUGAAUCUGUCUCAAAAUGAAAAUUUUCGUGUUGACCAGUAUCAUUUACACAUGUCAGAUAUCCAAAAGAAACUUCCAUCGCAACAAUUAUUAACACGUAUAGAAAAUCAUAUUCUCUAUCAACAAUCGAGCCUUGUUAUGAACAACUGGACACUAACGGAUCGAAGCCUAUUUCGUUUAUUCUACUUUCUAUUCGAUGGUGAUCUGUGCACGAUUAAACAGUUCUUUCAUACUAAUCGAACCUGUCGGGAUCUUUAUGAACAAUUCAUUUCCGAUGCGAAAUAUUUUUCGGAACGAAUCUCGCUUGUCGACGGACAACCAUUUACAAUUCGACAAGUAUAUCGUCGACGAAUGGUAGACGGAGCAACACGAGCGUUUCUUUUUCAUAUAAAAAAGCAUCUGAGUGAAACCAAUUCAUCCAGUGCAGUUAAAUCAGCCUAUAUACCCUGUCAACAUGAUGGUCCAUGCGCAAUAUCAAAUAAAAACUGUCAAUGUAUGAAGAAUGGCACAUAUUGUGAGAAAUAUUGUAACUGUUCAAUUGAUUGUCCACAUCGAUUUCCGGGUUGUUCGUGUAAAGGUGCUUGUUUAUUGAAUAACUGCUUGUGUUGUGCUGAAGGACGAGAAUGUGAUCCGGACUUAUGCCAUAAAUGUGGUGCAUCAUCGUUCCCUAAUUUAACUCUUGACUAUGAUUCCAUGAUAAAAUCAGAGCCUGAAGUUGUCCAACCGGUUGUAAUCGAACGAAAGUCAUUGCCAUCUCUUCCACGACAAACGUAUCGAACGAAAGUACAUGAAAACAUACCAAUGAGACAACACAGUGUGCGCUCGUGCCGAGUGGUUGAACCAUCGUAUAAAAUGAGUCGAACUCAAACCAAACGGUCAAGUAUGCGAAUAUCAUUGAACUCUAAUUCAUCAUCGAAUACUCCUGGAAUUACAUGUGCUAAUAUUGGACUGCAAAGAAAACAGUACAAACAAAUUCUGAUUGCUGAAUCUGAUGUUGCAGGUUACGGUGCUUUCCUUGGCUCACCAGUUGCGUAUCCCGGCGAUCUAAUUGCCGAAUAUACCGGUGAAAUCAUUACCGAAGAAGAAGCAGAUAGACGAGGUCGACUCUAUGAUAAACAGGCUUGUUCAUAUUUAUUUAAUCUUGACACUGACCGCUGUGUCGAUGCUAGACAAUUCGGCAGCAAAAUUCGGUUUGCUAAUCAUUCAUCCACGCCAAAUUGUGUUCCCAAAAUCAAAUUAGUCAACGGUACUGCUCAUCUUCAUCCCAUUUCUUUCUCGCAUGUUUCUGCUUUUCCAGGAGAUUAUCGCAUAGGCAUCUAUGCUAAACAGACCAUAUUUCAAGGUGAUGAACUAUUUUUUGAAUACAUGUACGAUGCACAUCAUCGUCAACAGUUUGUUAAUAAUGAACGCGUCGACGAUUCAGUGCAAGAUAGAUUAACUAUUCUGAAACGUUACGAUGAUAAUUUUAUGCUUGUUCGACCAUCGUACGAUUAA